CGCGCCUGGUGGCGGUAUCGCGUCACUUCCGCGGCGCGCGCGCUCCCGCGGUGCGUGGGCGUGGCGGGAGGCCGGAAGGUUCCAGAGGGGCCGCGGGAGCCGCUGCCGCCGCCGGGGGGGUGCUGCACGCGACAUGGCCGCAGCGCGCGAGGAGUUACAGAAAGAUUUGGAAGAGGUUAAAGAGUUGCUUAUGAAAGCUACAAGGAAGCGACUCCGUGAUGUCCUGAUGGCAGAGAAACACAAGCUAGAGCUAGAAAUCAAGAACCAGCCUCCACCGAAGCCAAAAGAUGCGGCAGAGGAAGAAAAGUCGUCACUGGGAGGGUACACCGUGAAAAUAAACAAUUAUGGUUGGGAUCAGUCAGAUAAGUUUAUUAAGAUAUACAUCUCUUUAAAUGGAGUCCAGAAGCUUCCAGCUGAGAAUGUGCAGGUGAAUUUCACAGAGAGGUCGUUUGAUCUGCUGGUGAAGAAUCUGAAUGGGAAGAACUACACCAUGACCUUCAACAACCUCCUGAAACCCAUCUCUGUGGAAGGCAGCUCCAAAAAGAUAAAGACAGAUAUGGUCCUUGUGAUGUGUAGGAAGAAGCGGGAGGAAAAAUGGGAAUGUCUCACUCAAGUGGAAAAAGAAAGCAAAGAGAAGGAGAAGGCUGCCUACGACACCUCGGAUCCUAGUGAAGGGCUUAUGAACCUUUUAAAAAAGAUGUAUGCAGAAGGGGAUGACGAAAUGAAGCGCACCAUCAACAAGGCCUGGGUUGAAAGCAGAGAAAAGCAAUCCAAAGGGGACAUACCAAUGGAUAUUUGAAAGUACUCUAAGGGCCGCCUUAAUACUGAUCUUCCAUGUGAGACAUGCUGUGCUGCAAAGAUCAUUGUUUACACAACCUUCUUCCAAGCAAAGACAGUCAUUUUCCAUUUCAGGUUGGAGAAAAUAUUUAAAUAAAAUAGCUUAUAAAGCAUUUACUUCAGUCAAGUGGUUCACCAUUUCCUGAAGAGUGUAGGUAUAUCCUCACCCCUCCUUGAAAAAGCAUCUCAGAUGAGUGAAGAGUGUUGUGAAACCGAGAAUAUGUAAAGGAAAAGGAAUCCUAAACUAGGAUGGGUCACAGCCUCUCUGUUGGAAGUGACAGCUGGGGGCUAAUGUCAUGCUCACUACAUGUGGUGUGGGUUUUUUUAUCAAAUGUGGGAAAGUAUGUUGAAUUGUAAAGCAUGUCACAAAGGGAGAAAUGCUGAAGGUAGAACCACUAUUUCAAGCACUUGAUAGUUGAGCGGCAACAACAUGGUGUUAAUCCUGUGGUAUACAAAUUUAAUGAUUACUCUCAGAAAUUAAUUGCUGGCUGUUUAACCAGUUUAAUUUUCAAAAUGAAACCAGCUUUUUAGCACCUAUGCUAACUGUGACCUUGAGGUGUCUUUGAGGUGGCAUCAGUCACAGGAGGGCAGUGAGCCGCUGAUGCUGGACAGUGAGUUCGCCCUGGCUCUAGCAGUAUAUGAGGAAGACAGAGACAAGCUCUGUUUUCUCCUAGCAACUUUCAGGGGUUUUAAGGUAACAGUAAGAAAUAUACUGAGAUAGCCAAUACUCCAAACUUUGCCUCAGCUGAGGGUGAUGGGUUGCUGUCAGUUUGCUGCAUGUGUGUCUUCCAGCUGGCAGCAGUGGAAUUUUACUCAGUGUGUUUAUUGCAGCCUCUCAGUGCCCCCCUGCUAGGGAGGGGGACAGAGUAGCCAUUUCCCUGUCUUUGCCCUGCUUUGAAGAGUACUGGGCAAACGUUGCAGGCUUGUUGCUAUUGGCAUUUCCUUCCUGCUUCCUUCUCAUGUCUCUCCUAAAGUGUUAAACCAAUCACUGCACUACAAGCAGGAGAUAAAUACUAGUACAUUGUAGUUUCUAACAGGUCCUUUAUCCACUUUGUCUGCUUGUUAAUAUACAUAUAUUAAGUUUACAUAGCAAGAGUAUCUAAACUUGAGGCCAUGUUUUAUUUUCAGUUCGUGCUCAUCCUUGUUCAUGGCAGAAUACUACUUUGCCCUGUUGUACAAUUUAAUUUAUGCUUUUAACCAAAUUACCAUGGUGAACUUAUCGUGUGGUAGCAAAAAACCUGCUUAAA